AUGCUGGCAGCUUUGAGUGCGCAAGCCGCCCUACUCCACACAAGCUCCGGCCAGAGACUAUGGGUACAAACGACACAACCAGGCCAAUCCACAGGUCUGUCUCACGCAGAAGGUGUCAUAGCUACCGUGCCGCACUACGAUGGCACGGCCGUCCUCCGCAUAGAUGACAGUGACACUGCUUCCUCGUUGCACUGGAGGGAGGUGCUUCUUCCUGCAGGCAUUCGCCAAGAGGGAGAGAGUCAUCUGCUCUGGGUCACUAGAGAAGUCGUGGAUGCGGCCCUGGAGGCUCAAGAGGAUGCUGGUGCUCAGGGCGGCAGCUGGGAAGAGCACCUCAAGUGGUCACUUGCAGGAACUGAGAGGACAGCUAGCCAGCUGCUGCACUCUCCCCACGUUGCGCAACACGUCUUCAGCCCUCCGGCUAAGUCCUCCAUCGACAUCAUCGCUAUCUUCGGCUCCAGCAGCGCUCUUCUGUCCGUACCACCAUCCCGGCUCUCCACCCUCGAUCUUCACCUGCCACGCUUCACUCAAGCCUUCCUCAUCACACCAGAGACGCAGUUGCCCACACGAACGCAAGGCAAAGACGAACCAAAAUUCCCCACGCCGAGUCUUCUGGCAAGUACCUCGAAGUGGCUCCGCUCACAUCACUUGUCGGUAGCAUCACUCAACAAGACGGCGACGACAUUGUCAGGCGAAGAUCAGUCUCUGAUCUCAUUUGAGCAGAGGUGGCCUUCUCGUCAUUCCGCUACGUACGGCUGCAGGCUCGCUAGCCAGUGGAUACUUGCGCAGAUGCGUGAAGCCCUAGGUCAAGUUCAGGGGGCGAGAUGCGAGCUGGAAGUCUACGGCGAGGGAAACUUCAGCCCCAAUGUCGUCUGCGUCAUUCCUGGGCAAGACGAGGGGGUCGACGAGGACGCCGAUUACCAGGAGGGAGCGAUCCUGCUGAGUGCUCACUAUGAUUCUCGAGGAUCUUUCGGUAAUCCCAGAGCGCCUGGCGGCAACGAUGACGGCAGUGGCUCGACAAUGCUGUUGGCCAUCAGCCGCAUCCUAGGGGAGAAGAUUGCUGCCGAUCAAGCAUCUCUCCGCUCUCGAGCACAGGGUAAGCUUCCCUCUGGUCUACGCCGGCGGGAGCUACAGCUCGUCUUCUUCUCUGGCGAGGAGCAAGGCCUCGUCGGCUCAAAGCACUACGCUACAGCUCUGGCCGCUGCUCUUCGGGAAGGCUCCAAAGUCUACUCGCCUGCUGCCUCAACGCUGUAUCGCUCUACAACGCUGCGUCUGGCCUUGCAGACGGACAUGAUUGGCUUUCAAUCGCCCUCUGAGCCUGUUCAGCUAGCCUUCCCAGAUAAGCUAGCCACCACAUCUGCUACGCACUACAUCUGGGCAACAGCCCAGCUGUACGUGCCUGAGCUGCUAGUAGGCUUCACACCAGCUUGCUGCUCGGAUCAUCAGAGUUUCUGGGAGGCAGGAUAUCCUGCUACGUGGGUCUUUGAGAGGAACGGCCCAAUUCUGGACGACAAGUAUCAUAACAGUGGUGAUAUGGUGUUGAGGGAGGGGUACAGCGUUGAGAAGAUUGGCCUGGUUGGAAAGGUGGUCCUGGCGAGCGCACUUGGCUUGCUCUAG